AUGGGGAAUGAGGGCAGUUUCCCCCAAGAUAUAAGCCACCCUUUUAGCCAACAGGAAAUUAAAAGGUUGAGCCAGAGCUUCAAGAAGUUGGAUUUGGACAACUCUGGGGCUCUGAGCACCAAGGAGUUCCUGUCCAUACCUGAGCUGAGGAACAACCCGUUGGUGAAGCGAGUGAUUGACAUCUUUGACGUGGACGGCAACGGAGAAGUGGACUUCCAGGAGUUCAUCCAGGGAACCUCCCAGUUCUGUGUCAAGGGUGAAGAGGAGCAGAAGAUGAAGUUUGCUUUCAGCAUCUAUGACCUUGAUAACGACGGCUACAUCUCCAACGGGGAGCUCUUCCAGGUGCUGAAGAUGAUGGUGGGAAGCAACCUGAAAAGUUGGCAGCUCCAACAGCUUGUGGACAAAACUAUCAUCAUUCUGGAUCAAGACGGAGACGGGAAAAUAUCCUUUGAGGAGUUCAGCAGCGUGGUGCGGGAGCUGGAGAUCCAUAAGAAGUUGGUAAUAGUUUCGUGA